CUCCUGUUAGACUGGGUUUGUAUUUAGUGAAAGGGACAUUUGUCAUAGCCCAAAUAGUCAGACAUUUUUUCUGUAUCAGUCCUGACAUCUUACUAUGUCUGUAAUAUACACCCUUUUAUUAUAUAGAUUUGCAGAAUGUUGUCUUCAAGGCUUCUGAGCUUAGUUGGAAGAAGAGCGCUUUCUACCUCUGCCUGUCUGCAAGGACAUGGUAAGUAAAGUUAUUAAAGAUAUGUGAUAUGAAAUCUCUUUGUGUAUGUGAAUAAUUCAUUUAAUGUGAGUAGUACAUCCUUUUUAUGUAAAAUAAAUGAACUAUUAAGAAAUAAAUUUUAAACAGUCUGAUUUCAGUGUCCACAUACAAUAUACAUUUUAAGAGCAUUGGCAAAAAUUGCAUUUGUGUGUGUAUAACAUACACACACAAAUACAGGAUACCAAAUUUCCACUAGCCAUUUGUGAGUAAUUUGUCCCUGGUGAGUAGAAGUUCACCUAUGGUUAGAUUCUCAAAGAUUACAGGUUUUUAAGCCAUGUGUGCGUGUAGUAAUAAAAUGUAUUGAUCAUUUCUAGACAUGUUAGUUCUUGAACCCUGACUUGUUAUACUAUUAUAUGCUAAAUAAAUGCCUUAUCCUUUUAAGCUGGUGUUGUGAAAGUCGAAUCGUACAGCCUUCCUAUAUAUGUGGAUCGCCGGGAAAUGCCACUUCCAGAUAUUGCUUACACUGACAGUCUUACUGCUGAACAGAAAGCUCUGAAAGAAAAGGAGAAAGGCACAUGGGCAUCAUUAAGUGUUAAUGAGAAGCUAGAGUGUAAGUCCUUUUGUGAUGUACAUUAUUGGUGAUGUAUACCCUGUUAACAUAUUGUUACUAACAAACUCUUUCUAUUCUACUGCCAGUAAUGCAUUUAAGCUACCAGUAUCUUAGAUUUGACCAGUGGUAUGCACUCCUGUCCAUGCUUUUAUUAAAUCAUUUAACUCAAAUUCAUGUCUCCUCAAAUGUCAGAUUUCUAAUUUAGCAAGCCCCAGUCACCUAAAGGCUAACUCUAAGCACCAUCCUGACAUUAACUUAUCUGUUAAGAUAACUACAAUCCUCGGUUGCUCACUGACCUGGGCAUACAAACUUUUCCAGAACUCGGUGAAGUAUUUUACUUACUGAAAGGAAACCUACUCACAUCUUUAACAAUUGAAAGGUCUUGAUUUCCAAUUAAAUAGCUAGUUUUUGUAAGUCACAUUUGAAAUAUUUAUAAAAAAAAAGUCUAGCUGAAAAAUAGUCAAGGAAACCACAAGACUACCCCUAGACAAACUAUAUUAUGUGUUCAGAAACAGCGCACACAAUGGCACAUGCUAUAUGCCAUAUAAGGGGAUUGUCUAACAGUUCAAAGCAUUAGAAAUCCUAAAGGAAGAUACUAAUGAGAUGGUGCUCUCAAGAUUAGCUCAUGUUUUCCCUGGGGUUGCAGGUGAUGCAAACAUGCAUAUUUUGAUCCUUUCCAAGAUUAAGUAAAUUUUGGGUACAUGUGUAAAGCCUUAUCUAGAAAUUCACUCGGAUCAGGCUUUAGCUCUGUUGUUUACUAGAUCUAUUUCUUCUUAAUAUUUUGCAGGGCAUAAAAAAGACUCUUCUCAUUCCUAUUGCAGCUAAAACACGUUCUAUACUUUCCUCAUAACAUUUCCCUCUCUAUCGGGUACUUGAUCCAUUAUUUAUUUUGACAAAGAAUAUUGUGUGGUUUAGGUUAGACUUUUUUUUUUUUUUUUUUAAUUAAUCUCCAGACAUAGUUUUUUUUUUUUGGCCUUCUACCUUUUGUAUCAUAUGUGAUGGAAAUUUAUACAAUGCAUAUGUUUCUGUAGCUGUAAAAAAAAUAAUACAAAUAUAUUGUUUUAUCAACUUCUUGUAGUUUACAUAAAACUCUCUAUUUUGAAAUUAUAUUUUAUUGACUUUUUUUUAUUUUUAAAUAACUUUUACAGUGUACCGUAUAAAAUUUAAUGAGACUUAUGCUGAUAUGAACAAGGCAUCAAGCGAAUGGAAGACUAUCUUUGGAGGCAUACUCCUCCUAAUGGGAGUGACUGGUUUUAUUGUAAUUUGGCAGAGAAAAUAUGGUAAGACCCCACUAUUUUGCUUAUUUCCUAUUAAAGACAGCAUUCUGCAAACAUGAUAUACUUAAUGGGCAUUAAUCACUACUUGUAGUGUUUUUCUGCAGAAUGAAUUAAGUGUAAUUAAAGUUGCAUCAUUCAAAAUAUUCAUUUUUUAAUGGUCUGUGGAUUUGUCUGUUGCAAAUAAUUUGGCACAAUUGGUUUUAAUGCGUGUUAUCAGCACACACAGCUCUGACAUUAAUGAUUAAGAAUUGCUUAAACUGUAAAAUGGAAUUGGAAUAAUUUAAAUUAUUUAGAUAACGGUUGCAUCACUUGGAGAAAUCUGCACUAAAUCAUUCAUGAGACUGGGUAGUAAUGUUAGGUUAAGCUUAUGUUUUUUUUGUUUUUUUGUAAAUUGAUAGUAGAAAUUUGCACCGGGCUAGGAGACCUGACCAAAAGGAAAAUAUUUGGACACUUACAGUCCAAAAAUAUUCUCUUAUUUAAUUUUAAGAUAUCCUCCUGGUAAGUUUAUUAAAUUCCCUCUACUCUAGAGAAAACCUGAACUAGGAUGUCGAUGGUGUGUAUCACAAGUAGCAAAGUCCAGUAAUGACUCACUCUGAUAGUGGUUAGGUAACACAUUUUGAGAUUACAGAUUAUUCCAGAUAAUUUUUAGAUAUUUUUAUGUAUUUAGCAGGUUGUCCCUUUGUGAUCUAUUGUACUCUUCCUUUUAAACCUAUGCCACCAGCUAAACCUCCAUGUCGUUUAGCUAAACCUGCAUAGGAAAUGGUUUUAGACAUUGAGUGUAGAUGUAAAACUACAUUUAUUUGAUUUCUAUGUUGCCUGUUACAAAAUGGAUGCCCAAUUGGUCAUGGUCAUGGGCAGCCAAUUAACCUAUUUUUAUUGAUAAUUCCAUGUUUAUUCCAAAAUAACCCUCAAUAUUAACUUAUUUUCCUCUGUAGUUUUUGGGGAUGUCCCGCACACUCUGUCUGAAGAAUGGGUUGCUGCUCAGACAAAGAGGAUGUUGGACAUGAGAAUCGAUCCAAUAGAAGGUUUCUCAGCCAAAUGGGACUAUGACAAGAAUGAAUGGAAAAAAUAGAAAACUCCAUCACUUACCACUCCAAUUGCACAGACAAUAACCUGUCUGGUCCAUUCCUGACCUCAUACCUCAUUAUUUCUUCACUGGAAUGUAUCCUCCAACCGAAUAUUACCAAUAAAGUGCUGGUUUACUUGAAACGUCUCUAUCACCAUUUAAUAAUUUGCCAUUUUUGUAUUGUGUA